CGCGAUGCGACGCGACGGCGGCGACGCUGAAGGCGUUCGAGGCGGAGGUCGCGUCGACGCGAACGCGCGCGACGGCGACGAACGCGGCGAGAAAGUUGUCGCAGGAAGCGGCGAAGGAGGUGUUUGGUGCGCUGGAGCGGGAGUGGUACGCGACGACGCGUAAGUGCGCGGCGAUGGAGGGGGCGAUCGGGGAGUUGGAGCGACGGCUGGGACGCGACGCGUGA